AUGUGUGUUGCAGCAGAGAUCCUGUCCAGCGACAAGUGGCAGGCAAGACCACCAAAAUCCUCGUUGAAUGUGCGUCCGAAUGAAGGGCCCAAACAUCAAGCUUCCGGAAAACGUGGGUCCCUCCACCAGAAUCAUACAGUAACGACGUCCGGCAUUGCUCAGAAGCGAUCAAAAACGAUCCAACACAAACCGUCGGCAAGCACAACAUCGUUCAACUCGAAGGAUGUAGCGUCUGUAAAGCAAUUUCAUUGCUUAUCAGCCAAGAACGCGAAGGAUUCUCAAGCCAGCCCAUCCUCAUCGAAUCAUUCGAGAGCCUGCCGCUUGAUUACCUCGCAUGAGCAUAAACAUUGCCACGCCUCCAGGUUCCUAGGUACUGCAGUCAACGCCAUGGGCAACCCACCGCCAACGCUGGCAUGCAGUUUUUGUCUGCGUUUGUCUCAUUCUCCGCGCGAGCUCUCCUUAGGUCUACUUACCAGAAUUGCGGAACUUGGUAUUAGUCAGAAGAUGUGCUCUAGAAGAGUCGUUGGAAGCUGA